AUGGAGAGAGGAGCGGGGCGCCGGAGGCUAGGGACGGCGGGGCGCGCGCUGCUGGCCGUGCUCCAUAGCUGCGCAGCCGCCUGGGCCUUCCUGGAGGAGCCCCCCGCUUGGGGGCAGAGGCCCGGCCUCGGGCGCCUCACCGGCAAUGAAUCCGACCUGGGCUUCUGCGAACGGAAAAUCGGACUGGGCAGCUCGCUCGGCCCUUGGAGCCUGUCUUCCGAAAGCCUCAUAGGUGUGUGGCCACUUGAUCCAGUUUAUGAAAAUUACGUUCGCAAAGUGAGAAACUGUAUCUUUUCUGUUGUUUACCCUACUCCUUUCAAAUCAAGGAUUCGUCUUGUAGCAGUUUCAAAGGAUGUUCUGGAAGACAUUUUGGACCUUGAUUUUUCUGUUUCAAAAACAAGUGAUUUUGUUCAGUUUGUAAGUGGUGAAAAGAUAGUAUCUGGCUCUAUUCCAUUGGCCCAUCGAUAUGGAGGCCAUCAGUUUGGAACCUGGGCAGAUCAGCUUGGGGAUGGAAGAGCCCACCUUAUUGGGAUAUACACAAACAGGUAUGGUGAAAAGUGGGAACUCCAGUUAAAAGGCUCUGGAAAGACUCCAUACUCACGAAAUGGUGAUGGAAGAGCUGUGCUGCGUUCCUCAGUGAGAGAAUUUUUGGCUAGUGAGGCCUUGCACUACCUUGGCAUCCCAACGAGCAGAGCUUUAAGUCUGGUUGUAAGUGAUGAUGAUGUGUGGAGAGAUAAUUUCUACAAUGGAAAUAUUCAGAAAGAAAGAGGUGCAGUAGUUCUACGCAUUGCAAAAUCAUGGUUCCGCAUUGGAUCAUUAGAAAUUUUGGCUCAUUAUGGUGAACUGGAUUUACUAAGGAAAUUAUUAAACUUUAUCAUACAGGAACAUUUUCCAUCAGUAGAUGUGAAGGAUCCCAACAGAUACCUGGAUUUUUUCUCUAAUGUGGUAUCUGGGACAGCACAUCUUAUUGCCUCAUGGAUGUCUGUGGGUUUUGCUCAUGGUGUUUGCAACACUGACAACUUCAGUUUGUUAUCUAUUACAAUAGAUUAUGGUCCUUUUGGUUUUAUGGAGGCCUAUGAUCCAAAUUUUGUACCAAAUACAUCUGAUGACGAAAGAAGAUAUAAAAUAGGAAACCAGGCCAAUGUUGGGAUGUUUAAUCUGAACAAACUGUUACAGGUUUUAAACCCCUUAUUGGAUCCUAAUCAAAAGCAGCUCGCUGCUCAGAUUCUUGUGGGAUAUUCUACUCUAUAUUACACAAGACUUAAAGAACUUUUCAAAACCAAAUUGGGUCUCCUUGGUGAAAAGGAGGGUGAUGAUUAUUUGGUUGCAUUUCUACUACAUCUCAUGGAAGAGACAAAAGCUGACUUUACAAUGACGUUUCGGGAGCUCAGUGAGAUAACUCAGGCCCAGCUAAAGGACUUCAACAUUCCUCAGGAAUUUUGGGCACUAAAAACACUUUCAAGGCAAGAACUGUUUUCUGACUGGGUGACCCUGUACCUUUUGAGACUGAAGAGUAACAUGAAUGACUCAGAUUCCAGAAGAAGAAAAAGAAUGACAAGUGUCAAUCCUAGAUAUGUGCUUAAGAAUUGGAUGGCAGAAUCUGCUGUACGAAAAGCAGAAAUGAAUGAUUUUUCAGAGGUUCAUCUUUUACAGCAAGUUCUUCAGCAUCCAUUCCAGAAGCAGUCAGCAGCAGAGAAAGCAGGAUAUUCUUCUCCUACCCCUUUAUGGGCAAAAGAUCUCAAAGUCAGCUGUUCAUCCUGAUUAAAGUUGGUCUUAAUUUGGACUUUUAAUAUAAUCUGAGAAACUGUUAAUAAGAAAUUGCAUAUUGAUGAGUCAUAGAUUUUUGUAAUGAUGAAGUAUAAUUAUGUAUGAAAAUAAAC